AUGGCGGCUUCCAUGCGUAAGCAAAAGGAUCACGAGUUAAAUUUACUAUCACGUUUUUCUGAACUAUUUCUCUCUCCAGAAGAAUUUGCAGAACCUCAAACAUCAAAAGUUAAUGAAGUAAAGCUUAUCACAAAAGAUUUGUAUGAUAAUGCAUAUUUUUCAAAGUCGCUUAAUGAUUUUCAAACGAAUUCAUUGCCGAAAUUGCUCAUUGAUGGAUUUGAUGACGAGCAGAUUUGGCAACAAAUUGAUUUAUUAAAUAAAUCAGCUGUUACGCAAUUUUCUAAAGGGAUAUCUAAUUUGGAUGCAGAGAAAGUUUGUUUGAAAACUGAGAACAGCUCCACAGCUCCAAAUGCGUUUAAACCACAAACGCAUACAAAUGAAUUUGACGAAUUGUCCAGUGCUAGCGAUAAUGAAGAGUAUGCAUUUGAUGGUGAUUCCGAUUCAUCAGUUGAUGUUUCGCAUCCUUCAAAGAGAGAUGAUUAUGCGUAUGAUGAUGAUGAUGAUUCAGAGUCAUCUAAUGAAUAUAAUAAAACAGAUCUAAGAGAAUCUGUUACAUCUGAAGAUGAUUUUGAAUUUGACACCAAUGAUAAAACUCAGGAGAAGAGUAACAAAGCUGUUAAGCCUUUAGUUUAUAAGUCUGAAGUAGACGAUCAGUUUUUUAAAUUGGCAAAUCUAGAGGAAUUUUUGCGAUUAGAAGACUUAAAAGAAGAGAAGGGAUUUGAAGAAUCAUCUGACGAAGAAGAUAUUGAUCUAUUUCAAGAUAUUCCUUCAGAUGAUGUUGAUGAUUCUGAUAGUGAUGAUGGUGACAAUAUAACAAAGCAGAAAAAUGUGGGUCAGGAGAUGUCUGUUCCAGUAAAAGUAGAAUGGGUACUUGGAAAAAGCCUGAGUGAUAACGCAAAGGACACCUGCCUUCUGCUAAAAGGAAAUUUAAAGGGUUGGAAUAAAAGAAUAUAG